AAACGACACAUGUACUAGACAAGUAGACAUCUCAAAAGCCAAAAACAUCAUUCACUCGACACCUCUUUCUUCAGCCCAGCAAUUGUGCUUGUCCAGGAAAUGGGUCACUCAUCAGAAGAGGAAACUGAGAUUAAUGAUUUUGGGUUGGAAAAUUACUCUGAGAAAUGUUAUCAGCAGUUACGGGAUGGAAAUUUUGAGGUGAAAAUUUCUGAGGAGGUGUAUAGAUGUCCUUACUGCUGCACAAGAAAAGGAAGCAACAAUAUGGGCUCAAGGAUCUUUUUCAACAUGCUUCUGCUUUUGGGGAGGGAUCCGGAUUUAUGAGGGACGCGAAGGAAAAGGGUCAACACCUUGGCCUUGUAAAAUACUUGCAAAAUCUUGGACGAAGAGAAGUGUCAGAAAGAAUCAGUCCAGGGGUUGUAAACCAUUCACUAAAUAGUGAUAAUAAUGAAUUAUUUGUUUAUCCGUGGGUCGGUAUUGUGGCUAAUAUUCCUGUUACAUUUGAGGAAGGAAAAUAUGUUAUGGCCAAUGGUGAGAAGCUAAAAAGUGAGUUUAUUGCGAAGGGGUUUAACCCCACAAGGGUGACCCCUUUAUGGAACUACAAGAGUCAUAUUUGUUUCGCGGUGGUGGAGUUCAGUGAAGGCUGGCGAGGUUUUCAUUUUGCCAUGACAUUUGAGAAAAGUUUUGAGGCUGCUGGCAAGGGAAAACUUGGGUAUCUUGAGACGAAGCACUGGGGGACUGAAGUAUAUGGAUGGAUUGGACGCGAGGAUGAUUACUAUUCAGAAAAGGCAUUUGGUGACUUUCUAAGAAAAUUCAGUUUUCUGAGAACAAUCAACGAUAUAGAAGCAGAAGAAAAGAGAAAAUCAAAGGAUUUCAUGUCAGAUCUAAGUGAAGUAAUAGCGGAAAAGAAAAUGAGCCUCAGGGCAAUAGAGGUGCAGUACAAUGAAACCUUAAUAUCAAUACAUAAACUAAUUACUGAAAAGGAUAAGAUGUUUCAUGCUUACAAUGAAGACACAAAUGCUCGUAUUCACAAUAUUGUCUCGGAGCAUCAGAAAAUGGAAACUGAGCUUAAGCUGUGUGAGAAGGAAUUGCAGAAAAGGGAGGCUCGUAAUGACGAAGAGAGAAAGAAACUGGCUCUCGAGAAGGAAAUGAAUGAGAGAUCCGCCUUGGAGCAGAAGAAGGAACAUGAAAAAGUGUGUAAGUUGGCAGAAGAUCAUAAGAGAGAAAAAGAAGAGCUUCGCAAAAGAACAGUGGAACUACAAAAGCAUAUUGAUGAGAAGCAAGAACUACAAUUGGAAAUUGAGCGUAUGAGAGAGUCUUUGUCAAUAUUGAAGUUAAUGAGAAGUGUUAAAGAUGAUAACUUCAAGAAAAAGAUAAAUGAUACUUUAAAGGUCCUACAGCAGAGAGAUAAAGAAAUAGAAGAUGUAGAAGCAUUAAAUCGAGAACUUGUUGUCCAGGAACGUAAAACUAAUGACAAGCUUCAAGAGGCUCGGGAGGAAUUAAUUAACUUUUUGAAGUGGAAGCCUACUCAAUGGCUUGGGGUAAAACGAAUAGGAGAGCUUGAUGUAACUUUAUUCUUUGCUGCAUGCAAGAAAAAGUAUGGUGGCCCAGAUGCAGAAGAAAAGGGUGCAGAGCUCUGUUCACUAUGGGCGGAUCACCUGAGGGAUCCUAAUUGGCAUCCUUUCAAGAUCGUCGCUCUUGAAGGUGGAUAUGGUCACAAGGAAAUUAUCAAUUAUGAGGAUGAGAAACUCAAAAAGCUUGAGGCGGAGUGGGAAGAUCAAGUCCAGAUGGCAGUGAUUACUGCUUUAAAGGAGAUAAAUGAGUACAACCCCAAUGGUAGGUACAUCAUAUGGGAAAUGUGGAAUUACAAGGAAGGAAGGAAAGCAACGCUAGGCGAAGGAGUAUCCUAUUUACUGGAGCUAAUGAAGAAAAGAAGUUGAAGACGAUGUUAGCAGCUGCCAGCUGUUCAGUACUUUUUCUCCGGGCUUUUGCUAGUUCAGUGCAAGGAUACUGUAUGCAAUAUUGUUUCUUGCUUGCUAAAUUUUAAUCAAUCACAAAUUACAUGUAUCUGUUUGUCUGUGUUUCGCACAGAUUGCUUAAAACAAUCAAGAAGCAUAUGAAUCUGCUUUACUUGAAAACCCAGCCAAAGGAAAGAACAUUUAACAAACUAGUUUACAAACUAGUGAUUUUAUACCCUGGGGAUUCUAAGGAUUAUAACAACUAAAUUUUCUAAUCAUAUCACCAAUUAUUGAAGUUAAAAGAACGUUUG